UUUCCGGGAGGCGCAAGAUGGCGGCGUCCGGGUGGCGCGCGUGUCUCCCGGGCGGCGGGAUGGGGCGGACGCUGCUGGUGCGGGGGCUGCCCCCCUCGGCCCGCGCCGCCGACCUGGAGGGCGAGUUCGGGCAGGCGGGGCCGGUGCGGCGGGCGGUGGUCGUGACGGCGCCCGGUGGCGAGGCGUGCACCGGCCUGGGCUUCGUCAGCUUCUCCCUGCCGGAGGACGCGCAGCGGGCCCUGCGCGAGAUCCGCACCUUCGGCGGCCGCCGGGUCAGCCUGGCGUUGGCGCGGCCCAAGAAGCGGAAGGCGGGAGAGGCGCCCCGAGGCCCCCGGCAAGCGCAGGAGCCCCCAAGGCCAGGGGCCCCCAAGAAGGCCCGGCUGAUCGUCCGCAACCUCAGCUUCAAGUGCACAGAAGACGACUUGAAGAGCGCCUUUGCUCCCUUCGGGACGGUCCUGGAAGCCUCCCUGCCCAGGAAGCCCGAUGGAAAGCUCCGCGGCUUUGCCUUUGUGCAGUUCAGGAACGUCCUGGAAGCGGGAAAAGCCCUGAAGGGGAUGAACAUGAAGGAGAUCAAAGAGCGUCCGGUGGCCGUGGAUUGGGCUGUGGCCCAGGAGAAGUACCAGGCUGCGCAGGUGAAAGGCAUCCCUACUGAGAAGAAAGUCGGGACAGAGAAGAAAGCCCAGCCGGAAGGUGUGGAUGGGAGUGAAGAAAAACGAGGGAGGCCAGAGGCUACUGGGCCAGGGAGGCCCAGCAGGGACCUUCAGGCUCCAAUUCCCCCUGUGGAGAGUGAGGACGAAGAGCAGGAGGUCAGCUCUAGGGACCAGGAGGAGGAACUGGACGAGGCUGGGAGUUCUGAUGGGGAAGAUGAGGAGGAGAGCGUUGAGGAAGAAGAAGAGGAAGGAGGAGGAGGAGCAGGGGAGGACCCUGCCCCAAAGCACAAGCAACGCCACUCUGAUGUCGCAGAGGGCCGGACUGUCUUCCUCAGGAACUUGUCUUUUGACACGGAAGAGGAAGAGCUGGGGGAGCUUCUGGAGCAGUUCGGGGACCUGAAAUACGUCCGGAUUGUGUUGCACCCUGAGACAGAACACUCCAAAGGCUGUGCCUUUGCCCAGUUUGCCACCCAGACAGCUGCCCAGAAAUGUCUGCAGACAGCACAGGAGGAGACUGAGGGUCGGGGGCUUCACCUGGGGGGGCGCCGUCUCCGGGUGGACCUGGCUGUCAGCCGUGAGGAAGCCCAGCAGCUGCGAAGCCCAAAGACUCCCAAGCCCACCGGCACACGCAACCUCUACCUGGCCCGAGAAGGCUUGAUCCGGGCUGGCACGAAAGCAGCUGAGGGGGUCAGUGCUACUGACAUGGCCAAGAGGGCCCGGUUCGAGGAGCUGAAGCGACAGAAGCUAAAGGACCAGAACAUUUUUGUGUCCCAGACGAGGCUCUGCGUCCAUAACCUGCCCAAGAGUGUGGAUGGUGCCGCUUUGCGGAAGGUCAUGCUGCAGGCGGCGGGUGGUGGCACAUCUGGCGCCAGGAUCAAGGAGUGCCGGGUCAUGCGGGAGCUGAAGGGUCGGGGCCAGUCCCUGGGCUACGCCUUUGUGGAGUUCCAGCAGCCCCAGCAUGCCCUGCUUGCCCUGCGCCAGGUCAACAACAACCCCCAACUCUUUGGGGACCAGAAGCGGCCUAUUGUGGAGUUCUCCCUGGAGGACGGGAGGAAACUGAAGCUGAAGGAGCAGCGUGCUGAACGCAGCCUGCAAAAGCUGAGGCAGAAGGAAGCAGCUGCCAGGUCAGCGAGUCAGGGGCCAUCGCCCAGCACCAGCCUGCCAGGGGCCCCGCAGAAGCCACCUGAGGACUCGAAGAAGGCCCCAGGGGCCAAAGGAAAGGCUGGGGCCUCCAGCGGCCCUCAGGCUCCACCACAGCACCGUGGCCAGAAGAGGAAGUGGCCUGGGCCCUCGCCGAGCCUUCAGACUGCCGAAGGAGCCAGCUCCUGGUCAGGCUUCCAGACCCACAAGGAGCAGGAGACUGUGGAGCUGCCGGACGGCACCAAGCGACGGAGGGUCCUGGCCCUCCCCUCUCACUGGGGACCCAAAAUCAGGAAUCGUGACAAGGGCAAAGCGAAGGGGGCCCCUCCCAAGAAGAAGAAGGCCGGGCCCAGAGAGCGGAAGGCACCCAGAGCUGCCCCCCAGGGCCCCCAAAAGAAGCGGGCUGGACGGGGCCAGGCGGAGGUUCGCUUCGAGCAGCUGGUGGAGCGGUAUAAGCAGCGGAUCCUGGGGGCUGGCAAGGCCGCCCUGCAGCUCAAGAGGAGCAAGUGGUUCGAGAACUGAGUCGCCCCUCCCCAAGGAAGAGAGACACCCCCCAGCUGGGUGGGGCUGCUGGGAGGUCGAGUCCUGCCCUUGGGGGGAGAGGAGGAGGCUCGCCCAGGCACUGUGUGGGCAGACAUGACACAGGACUUGGGGGGCCAGGCAGGCAGGGUGAAGAGCCCCCUGGGGCCCUGGAAAAGCUGGGGUCUCUGCCGCCAGGGUGGGGGUUGGUGCCUCUGGAGAAGCAAGGCAGCCACGUGCUGUGGCCAGAACAUCUUUGCCCUGAGGAGGGGCGGGAGGGGGGGCAUCAGCCGUGCAGAAGUGUGUCCCGGCAACACAGCCUGGUGGAAGACGUGCAAGAGAGCCGCU